AUGGUCGUCACAAAUGUGGUCGCAAUGAACAAUGUAAACACCGAUUCAAAUGCACUGACGGCUGCGAAACAAGAGGAAUGGACGACAUCCCGGAAAGUAGUGAAUCACAAGACAAAACAAGUGGAGACCAGAAUCAAGCGGCAGAUCGUGAUGGAGGACGGAAAGGUGAUCGCAGACAGCGGUCCGCAAGUGUUCACAAAGACUAAAGAGGACCAGAAGAAGGAGGAGUCGGAGGACACGAAGCACAAGAACCUCGGCGACGUGGACACGCCUCCCGGGCCCGGGUAUGUAGCCGUUCCCGGCGGUCAUCAAGUGGUCAGUGAGAAGACCGAAACGCAUCAGUCGAGCCGAGAGGCAAAGGAGGAGAACAUCCAAUACCACGACGAGAGCUUCAAAGAGCUGACGGGACUGGAGAUCCAUCGCAAAGCGCUUCAGGCGCCCAAUGAGUUGAUCCAAAUCGACGACAACGACGACGCGCCCGAUGGACCUAAAGGCAAAUUAGUUCACUAUUCGAGUAAAUCCAAUAAAAUCAAUGACUCGGAGGAAGUGAAGGAGACGUCGCGACUCGGAAGGGACGGCAAUAUGACGACAGAGACCACUCGCACCCAUCAUCACGAGGAGUUCAACGACGAUGAGGUGCCCGAAGAGGGUCAGGAGAAACACGACUGGAAGGCA